CCUAGGGAAAGGGUAAUAUAGUAAAUCCACCUUGUUCCUAACCGUAUAAAUACUAGGGUUUUCUGUCUUCGAAUUUCUCUCAAAACCCUAGCUCUCUGUUUUCGUUUGCUUUGAGGCGCCUCUGCAGGUCCUUCUCUGCUUCUACUGUGCGACAAUGGUGAGAGUUAGUGUUUUGAAUGAUGCUUUGAAGAGCAUGUACAAUGCUGAAAAGCGUGGUAAGCGCCAGGUCAUGAUAAGGCCGUCAUCAAAAGUGAUCAUCAAAUUUCUGUUGGUGAUGCAGAAGCACGGAUACAUUGGUGAGUUUGAAUAUGUUGAUGACCACAGGGCUGGUAAAAUUGUGGUUGAAUUGAAUGGAAGGUUGAACAAGUGUGGAGUUAUAAGUCCUCGAUUUGAUAUUGGUGUCAAGGAGAUUGAAGGAUGGACUGCCAGAUUGCUCCCCUCUAGACAGUUUGGUUAUAUUGUGUUGACAACUUCUGCUGGCAUUAUGGACCAUGAAGAGGCUAGAAGAAAGAAUGUUGGUGGCAAAGUGCUUGGAUUCUUUUACUAGACUUAGAUUUUACUUCAUUUCCCCUUUUGAAUGACUAUUUUUGCUUACGAGGAGAUUUUGGUCGUACUUUUGAACUUCUUUACUAUAGGAUCAGAUUGUUGUUUUUUGCCCUCUGUUUGUGCCAUCUUCAAAAGGCUAGUGUUUGUGCCUGAUUGCGUGAAUUAAAGACUGAUGUUUUUUUUUGUAGCUCACAUUUUAUUUAAAAAUGGCAACAUUUAUUGAAGUGA